CUCGCAAAAUGGGGAGAAAGGGCACCGUGACGCCUCUGGCGGAGCUUCUCCCCGUGGGCGAGCUAGCGCAGGCCAGCGAUCGCAUCCAGGGCGCCAUCCGCGAGCACGCCGACAAGCUCCAGCAGCUCCAAUCUUUCGCCGACGACAAUCGCGCCAUCCACAAGCUCGUCCAGGAGCUCCCACACAAUGUCGCUUACAAUAUCAUGGUGCCGUUUGGAAAAGCUGCCUUCUUCCCUGGAAAGCUUGUUCAUACCAAUGAAAUGCUGGUUUUGCUCGGAGAAGGCUACUACGCAGAGCGAUCCGCGAAGCAAACUCUGGAACUCUUAAUGAGACGAGCAAAGUUUCUCGACUCCAACAUCGAGAGCAUCAACUCGCAGAUCGCUGACCUUCGAGCGGAGGCCACUUUCGCAAGCACUGCUGCCGAAGAAGCUGCUGCUGGCGUAGUGGACAUCAGAGAAGAAUACGAUGAAGAAAUCGAUGGUCCACCCCCCACUGCGGAGCAAAGUCUAGAAACCCAAGGGAAAAGGCCGCUGGGAUCUGGUGAAGAUCUCGAGCAUGAGCGCUUGAUGGCACGAUUUUCGGAAUUGGAAGCCGAAGAAGCGGCAGCAGCGGCUAAAGAAUAUGAGGAUGAGUAUGAUCAAGAUGGUUUUCUAGAUGAUGACACUCUUGCGAAAAUGGGAACACCAUCUUCUGAGCCGGAAGGACCUCCUGCCAUCACAAAUCCGGGCGAUCUCGUAAACUUUGAGAUGUGGAAGCAAAAGACUUGGAACAAAACGUCUACGUCUACUCCAGAUCGUCCCGAGAAGCGAAAUCACGACAAGAAAGCGGAAAAGCGCGUCACUUUUGAUCUUCCCGAGGCCGAUAUCGUCGACACGGUGCACGAAACCGAAGGGAACAAGGCUAUGGAUCCACAGAGCCGACGAAGUUCCCAGCAUGAGCCAUCAAAGGUAUUUGGUUCUGUGAUCGAACGAACACCAGGAGGUGCUGUUCUUGAUACCAAGGUACCCGAAAGCACCUCCAUGCCGGCAAGGCCAGUUUCAAGAUUCAAGCAAAGACAUGGUGGAUGAAAAUCGCUGCAAAGUAGGAGAGUGUAGUUGUUUUGGAUAACGCGAAGAGAGAAAAUUCCCGUAUCUUCGUUUUCCCGAUCCUUUCUUGCGCUUUUCCUUCGCUUCUUUCCCCUAUUUCCCCCGCAGACUGAUCGAUAUGCGCGUCGCCGCCAUCGGCCGGAUGCAUUCCAAAUCUCCGCGAUUAAUUCUUUCUCUUCGAGCUCACGCUCUCUAACUGCCCCAUAGUGUUAUGCUUCUGCAAGCACCCAAAAUCAAGACUAUACACCGGGAAACUGUACAAGCUCCAUCAUCCAUUCUCGCUGACAUCAAGAUUUAAAUCAAUGAUAUCGAGGCCAUAGUCACCACUUAAA